GUCGAGAAAAAAGUUUAUAUGUGUAAUAUUGUAGUGCAACAAGAGAACUGUCAAAAUGUCAUUGAAACGAAAAUUAACGCAAAAUGAUUUGAGAAAGGCUAUGAACGAUCACAAAAAGAAGAUGGGCACAAUUAAGAAGAUUGAAUCUCCACUGGCCAAGUAUUCAGAUUCUGGACAACUUAUGUGCAUCCUGUGUAAGUCUGUGGUACGCAGUGAAACUGUAUGGGUUCUUCAUUUAAACUCAAAAAUGCACAAAGAUAAUAUUGCACUAGCAAAGAAAACAAAAUUGGAGCCAGAAAAUGUUCCAAAAGUAUUACCAGCUACUUUAAAGCGACCUUCUUCUCCUGCACAUGAACAUACAGAGAGUAAAAAAAUUAAGAGCAUAUUAAAAAAUGGAACUCAACCAUCGUCACGGUCACAGGGAAACUUGCCAGCAGAUUUUUUUGAUAAAGCACCAUCAGUAUCAACUGAUUCUACAAGCCUUCAAAUAUCUAAUAUCAAAGUAAAAUUAGAUAACAGUGUUUCUAAUGAUAAUACAGAAAGUCAGAAAGUUGAAGUGGAUCAGGAUAAGGAUAAGGCGAAAGAUCCUAGCCAAGCAGCACUGCCUGAGGGAUUUUUUGAUGAUCCUAUAAUGGAUGCAAAGGUGCGCAAUGUAGAAUAUAAAGAUCCAAUAGAGGAAGAAUGGGAGAAAUUUCGAAAGGAGAUCAAAGAAGAAACAGCCCAAUCUGCCCAAAUUAUAGCAGAUGACCAAGAAGAAGCAACAACAGAACGACAACUUGAUGAAAUUGAGGAGCAAAUACGUCAUUGGUCCAGAGUUAUGGAUCUUGUACGACGCAAAGAACAAGUACAAACCACCGACAGGAAACAAGAAAACGUAGACGAGGACGUCUCGAGCGGUGACGAGGCUGAAUUCGAUGAAUUUCUCGAUUGGCGAGCAAAGAAUUCUUACAAGUAAACUUAAAAAUCUCCACAAGAACGACAACACCAUCUGUAAAUACUAGGAUAAAUUUCCAAAUAAACAGAAUACAAUAUA